AUCUAUAGGUGAGUGAUACUCUUUUAUUCUGAACAUUGGAUGUGUAUUAAGUUACAGUGCAAAUAGUCAGUUUUAAAGGUUGGAUAAGUAAAGAUGACAUUGUAUAUUUGUGUAUUGACUUUAAAUGUAUUUUUUCCUUAACAGGUGUGCUGUUUCAAAAUGCAGAAUCUGACUGAAUUUCCAGGCACUUCCCACAAUAGACUGUCUGUGAUCAUCAAGGUGUGUGUGGUUAUCCCCUUCUUCUGCGUCUUCUUCUGCUGCAUUGUUGUCAUGUUGUAUGUCUUUGCGUCUCACAGGCAGUUCCUGGACACCACACGUUACAUCCUGUUUUCCAACAUGCUGAUCAAUGACACUCUCCAGCUCUUGUCCUCUGUGCUGCUCUUCCUCUUUGUCAUGGGUCGGGUGAAAUUUGCUCUUGUCUACUGUGUUCCUCUGUUGUUCUUUACCAGUGCCACCUUCCAGAACACACCUUUAAUCCUGGCCACCAUGUCACUGGAGCGUUAUGUUGCCAUCCUCUACCCCCUGCAGUGCCCGGCCGCCUGGCGAUCAGAUCGAAUCUGGAUCAUUAUUCUGUCCCUGUGGCUCAUCAGCUGUAUCUUCCCUAUUAUUCUCUUUUCCAUUGGCAAAAGUGAUUCAAUCGUAAACAUUCUUUCUACCCCUGUGCUUUGCAAAUCGAUGCUUAUCCACUCAUCUCCUAUCCAGGGAUUGUUCCGAGCUGCUGUAAAUAUUCUCUUCUUUGCAGUUGUGGCUGUUGUCAUCCUCUUUACAUACAUUAGAAUCUUACUGGAAACAAGGAAGCUGAGACAAGAUAAAGUGUCAGUGAGCAAAGCCAUGCACACUGUGCUGCUCCACGGUUUUCAGCUGCUGCUAUGCAUGUUGGCCUUCACAUACCCCAUCACUGAGACUCUCAUUGUACUGCAUGCCAACUGGUUGCCAGAGGACAUCGCCUUUUUUAAUUAUUUCUGUUUCAUCCUUAUUCCCCGUUUUCUCAGCCCGCUCAUCUAUGGGUUUAGAGAUCAGAGUCUCAGGGUCUGCAUUGGAAAAACAUUCCUGCGCUGCUCAAACAAAGUCAAACCCAGUGUGAGAGGCAAGCUGCAGGACAACAUGCUUGCUUCUUGA